GGCUAAAUGUGUGCGCACCAAAUAUGAAGCAAAUGAAGGCCAGAUGUUGCUUAGUCAUGGACCAAAGAGUAGGUAGGAGGGAUUUUAGGAGCGCAUCCCAUUGGCUGCUGGAGGAUGAUGUUAAACUGUAGAAAAACUCUGCAGUAGUGAAUUCAGUGUAGUUUAGUUACAACUAGAGCCAGAAAGCUAUGGCAACUCAAGACAAGCCUGUUCUUCAUGGAUACUUCAGAAGUUCCUGCUCUUGGAGAGUUCGCAUUGCUUUUGCUCUAAAAGGCAUUGAAUAUGACCAAGUUCCAGUCCAUCUGAUCAAAGAUGGGGGUCAGCAGCAUACUGAACAGUACAAGACUUUAAACCCCAUGCAACAAGUGCCUGCAGUUGAAAUUGAUGGCAUCACCCUUUCUCAGUCACUGGCAGUCAUCCAGUACAUCGAUGAGACCAGGCCAGGGCCUCCACUACUCCCUACAGACCCAAAGAAACGUGCCCAGGUCCGGAUGAUAAGUGACAUCAUUGCUUCUGGUAUUCAGCCUCUGCAGAAUUUACACGUGAUUCAGAAAAUGGGAACGGAAAAGGUGCAGUGGGCUCAGCACUUCAUUGAUCGAGGUUUUCAAGCUCUUGAGCCCCUUCUGAAGCAAACCGCAGGAAAAUAUUGUGUAGGUGACGAGAUAUCCAUGGCAGACAUCUGUCUGGUCCCACAGGUCUACAAUGCAGAGAGGUUCAAAGUGGAUGUCGAGCAGUAUCCGACUAUCAAGAGGUUAAAUGAAACCUUACUUGAGAUUGACGCUUUCAAAGUGAGCAGCCCGUCCUGCCAGCCGGACACACCCGAUGACCUGCGUGCAUAGAACAUCUUAGCAGCUUAAAAACAACUGUGUAAGAAAAAUAAAAUGCUUUGGAAAUAA